CAGACCCUGCACAAGAUGUACAACAACUGCGAGAUCGUCAUGGGCAACCUGGAGAUCGUCCUCAUCGACCACAGCCAGGACCUGUCCUUCCUCCAGACCAUCCGCGAGGUGACCGGCUACAUCCUGAUCGCCAUGAACGUGUUCGCGGCGCUGCCGCUGCCCAACCUGCGCGUGAUCCGCGGCACGCAGUUCUACGAGGAUCGCUUCGCGCUCUUCGUGCUGCUCAACUACAACCCCAACGCCACGCACGCCCUGCGGCAGCUCGGCCUCAACCAGCUCACCGAGAUCCUGGCGGGCGGUGUGUACAUCGAGAAGAACGCGCAGCUCUGCCACGUGGACACGGUGGAGUGGAGGGACAUCAUGAGGGACACGCGGCUGGAGCCGCUCGUGAGGGACAACGGCCAGGGCUGUGCCCCGUGCCACGAGAGCUGCGGCGGUCACUGCUGGGGGCCGGGCCCCGAGGAUUGCCAGAAAUUGACCAAGACCAUCUGUGCCCCGCAGUGCAACGGGCGCUGCUUCGGCCGCGCGCCCAACGAGUGCUGCCACGAGGAGUGCGCGGGCGGCUGCACCGGGCCCCUGCGCACCGACUGCUUCGCCUGCCGACACUUCAACGACAGCGGCUCCUGCGUCCCGCUGUGCCCGCAGCCGCUCAUCUACAACAAGCUCACCUUCCAGCUGGAGCCCAACCCCGACACCAAGUACCAGUACGGGGGGGUCUGCGUGCGGGAGUGCCCCCAUAAUUUCGUGGUGGAUCAGAGCUCGUGCGUGCGCGCCUGCCCCAACGACAAAAUGGAAGUGGAGAAGAACGGGCUGAAGAUCUGCGAGCCCUGCGCGGGGCUGUGCCCCAAGGCCUGCGAGGGCACCGGAGCCGGCAGCAAAUACCAGACCGUGGAUUCCAGCAACAUCGACACCUUCAUCAACUGCACCAAGAUCCUGGGCAACCUCGACUUCCUCAUCACGGGCCUGGAGGGGGACCCCUGGCGCAACAUCUCAGCGCUGGACCCGGAGAAGCUGAACGUGUUCCGGACCGUGCGGGAGAUCACGGGGUACCUGAACAUCCAGUCCUGGCCCAAGCACAUGCACAACUUCAGCGUCUUCUCCAACCUCGAGACCAUCGGGGGACGCAGCCUGUACAACCGCGGUUUCUCGCUGCUGAUCAUGAAGAACGAGAACGUGACGUCUCUGGGGCUGCGCUCUCUGCGCGAGGUGAGCGCGGGCCGCGUGUACAUCACGGAGAACCGGCGCCUCUGCUUCCUGCACACCGUGCACUGGGCGCGCCUCAGCCGCAGCCGCGCCGACCUCGACAUCCGCAACAACCGGCCCCGCAGCAAGUGCCAGCAAGAGGGGAAGGUUUGUGACCCGCUGUGCUCGGCCGAGGGCUGCUGGGGCCCCGGGCCCGGGCAGUGCCUGUCCUGCCGCUACUACAGCAGGAGGGGGGUCUGCGUGUCCACCUGCCGCUUCAGCGAGGGGGACCCUCGCGAGUUCUCGCAGGACGGGGAAUGCUCCGAGUGCCACCCGGAGUGCGAGCGCAUCGAGGGCGGCCCCACCUGCAACGGCUCGGGCGCCGACACCUGCACGCGCUGUGCCCACUAUCGCGACGGGCCGCACUGCGUGGAGCGAUGUCCCGACGGGGUCCUGGGCGAGCGCGGCCCAAUCUACAAAUACCCGGACGGGAGCCGCGAGUGCCGGCCCUGCCACGAGAACUGCACCCGGGGCUGCGUGGGGCCGCUGCUGCGGGACUGCCUGGGGGACACCCUGCCCGUGUCCAGGCGCGCCCCGACGCUGGUCGCGGUCAUGGUGGUCGGGGCCGUUUUCCUCUCGUGCUCUCUGGUGCUGCUGGCGCUGCUCUACUGGCGGGGAAAGAAGAUCCAGAAGAAACGCGCGAUGCGGCGCUACCUGGAGCGGGGCGAGAGCCUGGAGCCGCUGGAUCCCAGUGAAAAAGCCAACAAGGUCCUGGCCCGGAUCUUCAAGGAGUCGGAGCUGAAGCGCCUCAAGGUCCUGGGCUCGGGGGUCUUCGGCACCGUGCACAAGGGUAUCUGGAUCCCGGACGGGGAUUCCAUCAAGAUCCCGGUGAGCAUCAAGGUGAUCCAGGACUGGAGCGGGCAGCAAUCGUUCCACGCCGUCACCGACCACAUGCUGGCCAUCGGCAGCCUGGACCACUCGUACAUCGUGCGGCUGCUGGGGAUCUGCCCGGGCCCGCAGCUGCAGCUGGUGACGCAGCUGCUGCCGCUGGGCUCGCUGCUCGAGUACGUGCGCAAGAACCGCGGCUCCAUCAGCCCGCAGCUGCUGCUCAACUGGUGCGUGCAGGUGGCCAAGGCGAUCGUGGACGACAUCCCGGGGCAGGACGUGGAGUUCGAGCUCUUUGACAAAGACAUCGACAAGGACGAUUUCCUGGGCCGGUGCAAGGUGCCCCUGAGGAGGGUCCUGAGCGGCCGCGUGCUGGACGAGUGGCUGCCCCUGGAGCAGGUUCGCUCGGGGCGGCUCCACGUGCGGCUGGAGAGCCUCGAACCGCGGCCCAGCCCCGCCCUGCUCGAGCAGGUGCUGCACACCAACCGGCUGCUGCAGCCCCAGCACGGGGAGCCGCUCUCGGCCGCGCUGCUCUGCGUCUUCCUGGACCGGGCCGCGGAUCUGCCGCUCCGCAAGGGCUCCAAGCCCCCCGCAGCCUUCGCCAGCCUGGCCGUGAGAGACGCGAGCUGCAGGAGCAGAACCUGCCCCCCCAGCACGGACCCCGUGUGGGAUGAAGGCUUCUGCUUCCUCAUCAGAGAGCCGCGCUCCGAAUCCCUGCAGCUGCAGGUGAAGGACGAAGGGGGCCAAGCUCUGGGCUCGCUCAGCUUGCCCCUGGCCCAGCUGCUGGCCCGGGAGGGGCUGGCCAUGGACGGCUGGGUGCCCCUGGGGGGGGGGGCUCAGCUGCUGCUGCGGGCACAGCUCGGGGUGCUGGUGCCGCAGGAGGGGAAGGAGGAAGAUGAGGAGCGCGGGGAGGGGGGGCUGCGCCAUCGGCUGCCCCCGGCGGACAGCCGCCCCCCGCCCCCGGCCGGCCCCCGCCUGCAGCUCUCCCUCUGGUACCACCGCGAGCAGCGCAAGCUCGUGGCCAUCGUCCACUCCUGCAGGGAGCUGCGAGCGGCCAAGGAGCUGCCGGACCCCUACGUGUCCCUGGUGCUGCUCCCCGACCGCAGCCGCGGCUCCAAGAGGAAAACGGGGGUGCAGAGGAGGAGCCUGAACCCCGAUUUCAAUGAGAGGUUUGAGUGGGAGUUGGCCCCGGAGGAGGCGGCGCGGAGGAGGCUCGAGGUGACGGUGAAGAACACGCUGGGAUUCGUCAGCCGGGAGAAGGAGGCGCUGGGGAAGCUGCGGCUGGAACUGGCCCAGGUGGAUCUGAGCGAGGGGGAGCCGCGCUGGUACGAGCUGCAGGACGAACGAACCCCCCAAUAAAUUUCGGGGAGACCCCUCCCCAAAUCCCCACGGGGGGGGCUCGGGACCCCUCCCCAGCUGCUGCUGCCGCCCCCUCCCCACCAAAGAGGCUCCGGGCCGGGCCCCCCCCGCGCCCCCCGACUGUUACAAACCUCGUGCCUUGUCACCCCCCCGGUGUCCCCUCGGUGUCCCCUCAGUGUCCCCUCGGUGUCCCCUCGGUGUCCCCCCCGGUGUCCCCCCGGUGUCCCCCGGUGUCCUCGUUCGAGGACACCGGGGGACACCGGGGGGACAACCGGGGGGGACGCAAAGUUCGGGGGAUGCUUUGAUGGAGCUGCUGCUGUCACCGCUGGGAUGUCACCAAGGUGUCACCGCCACACGGGUGGCACCGCCGGGGUGCUCGGAUGUCACUCUGAUGUCACCAAAAUUUCACCGGGAUGUCACCGGGAUACUCAGAUGGCACCAGGAUGUCACUCUGAUGUCACCAAAAUGUCACUGGGAUACUCGGAUGGCACUGAGAUGCCACCAAGAUGCCACCGAGAUGUCACCGAGAUGCUACCGGGAUGUCACCGGGGUACUCGGAUGGCACCGGGAUGCCACCAGGACACAGGGAUGUCACCGGGAUGUCACCGGGAUGUCACUGGGAUACUCAGGUGGCACCGGGAUGUCACUCUGAUGUUGCCGGGAUGGCACCGAGAUGUCACCGGGAUACCCGGAUGUCACCGGGAUGGCACCGAGAUGUCACCGAGAUGUC